AUGCCACCUUCAAGUGUUCAUCUGAAGCCAAUACUGCAAGCUUAUUUAAAACGCCUGAACAAACCUGCAGUUAAAACCAUGACGAAUAAAGAUGGAGAGGUAAUUGAUUGUGUUGAUAUCUACAAGCAACCUGCUCUUGACCACCCCUUGCUCAAGGACCACAUAGUUCAGAUGAAACCAAUCUUUAUACCAGAGGUGGAAGAGGACCUCGACAAUCAAACAAUAGAUGAACCCGCAACGCAAAAUAUCGAGAGUUGCCCACCAGGAACAGUCCCGAUUAGAAGAACUCAGAUGAGCGAUCUACGUAGAGUUGCAUCCUUAGAAAACUUUGGAAGACGUAACACUAAUGGUGGCACCAUUGAUCAAGCAGGAGCCCUGAAGGCCGGAGCAGGAACUUACCUCGGAGCCAAAGCUUCGAUCAAUGUUUGGAAUAUCCCCGUGGAACCUAAUGAGUGGAGCCACAGUGCCAUUGAGAUCUCAGACGCCGUGAAAUACUACAUUGAAGCUGGCUGGAUAGUGAAUCCAGAAUUAUUUGGGGACCAAAAAACUCGGCUGUACACUUAUUGGACGGCAGAUGGGUACGGGAGGACAGGCUGCUAUAACUUACUCUGCCCAGGCUUCGUCCAAGUCAGCCAAAAGUUUGCGCCGGGACUUAUUGUGCACCCUCUCUCAACCUACAACGGCUCGCAAUUCGUCCUCCCAAUAACAGUUUACAAGGACAAUACGGAUUUGAAUUGGUGGCUCGAACUGAAAGGGGAGCCGGUGGGUUAUUGGCCGGGAAAGUUGUUCGGCGGUGAGGACAUGAGGUUCCAGGAGGCGAGGCAGGUGAAGUGGGUUGGCUCGGUGCUGAACAAGCGGAACAAGGGGCAUCACACGACGACGCGCAUGGGCAGUGGCUACAUGUCCGAGGAGGGAUGGGGGAAGGCAGCCUACUUCCGAUCUGUGUUCAUCUUCCACCCGUUAAACGUCGUGGUUCCACAGAGCAAUGUGCGGCUCUUCGCCACCGCCAACCAUUGCUACAGCGUCAUAUGGGGGGGAGGUGGUUCCAUAUUGUUCUAUUACGGAGGCCCUGGAGCGUCGCCUCCUCCCAGCGUUGCCUCCUCCGCAGCCAAAGCCUUCAUCGCCUGUGGCCUCCCUCCGAAGCGGCGUCCCUCCCGCGACCUCCCUCCAGCGCCAUCUCCGCGCAAAGGCCCUACCCUCUCGACGACCAGCGCCGCCUCCCUCCCUCCGACCUCCACCGCCGCCUCCUCCCAGCGUUGGGGACCUCUAGCGCCGCCCUCGUCGCCUGCGAACUCUCGUCCUCCACCUCCUGCCGACCUCCAGCGCCGCCUCCUAUUUUGUUUAGGUAUUCUCCAGCAAGCCUGA